ACACUAAAACUCCCAGCUGCCAUGGUUCGCCUGACUGUAGAUCUGAUAGGCAGAUCGAAUAAGGGACUUAAAUCCAGUAGAAAUGUUUCCAUCCAACAUUAUCUCAAGAAAUUAACACAUCUCAACUUUUCAAACAGAAACAUCGAUGAUAUUGAUGACAUUUCCAUAUGCAGAAACCUCACAGUUCUAUACUUGUAUGACAAUCAAAUUACACGCAUCUGCAAUCUGAAUUUUGCUUCCAAUCUUAAACACCUGUACCUGCAAAACAACAAGAUCACUCACAUAGAGAAUUUAUCCUGUUUGCAGCAGCUCUCCAAACUGUUCCUGGGGGGCAACAGCAUUACGCUGGUCGAAGGGUUGGAACAAUUGAGAGAGCUGAAGGAGCUGCACAUCCAAGGGCAGAGACUCCCACCAGGAGAGAAGCUACUCUUUGACCCUCGCACAGUCUGUAGCCUGUCGGGGUCGCUAUGUGUUUUGAAUAUUAACAACAACAACAUUGAUGAGAUACUGGAUCUGACCGUUCUUAACAAACUGACACAUUUAUAUGCCGCAGACAAUCAGCUAGCGGACAUACAGGAAUUGGAGACAGUGUUUAGCCAGUGGCCUCAGUUGCAACGAAUGGAUUUAUGUGGAAAUCCUGUCUGUCAUAAACCCAAAUACAGAGACAGACUAAUUACCAUUUGCACAAGGCUGGAGGAACUUGAUGGGAAGGGCAUCACUGAAAUGUCCAGGCAGUUCUUAAUCAACUGGAAAGCCUCAAAAGAUGCCAGGAAGAGAAUAACAGAUGGUAGAAAAACGACAGGACAAAUCACAUAUCCCUUUUCUGCUGACUUUCGCUUAGGCCCCCAACAUUCCUUUGCCUAUAACUCUGCUGGCUUUCUGGGGAAGAGGAAGCCGCUUUGGACUGGGAGACCCACCAUAAAAAUGAGGUCAGGCGCAGUGCGGACAGACUGCGGAGGCGUAAGGAGAAUGGAGAAUCACGAAGAGCCCCUGAGUGAGGGACUAAUUACAGAUGUUCAAGAGACGACAGUUCAGAGUCAUACACCUCUCUGAGCAAUCGUCUAGAAGAAACUUUGUGGACCUCUUAGACAUUUCCCAUGGCCUGCACCCCGCAUACAGACAGUUCAUCACGAGUGCAUGUGGAAUGGAUCGGAGUGCUCACAAAAAGAUCAAGUCCACAGUAAUUGUCUGUCACAAUGUCAUAAUGCCAGAUUCAGAGCUGUAGCACACUGACACUCUGAGUCUUGCCUUUCACUUACACACUGCCUCUGUCUUCAAUCGGUUUAUUGACAGCAGUUGGAUUAAAUGAUGCCUGUAAGAAGUUGAGCUUUAUCGUAAGGGCUGUUUUUGUGUUUUUGAUAUUUUAUUUUAUGAGUUGACUAUUUGUUGAACAUAAGGACUUAAGCAAGCCAGUGUGUGAAUUAAAAUAUAUUAUUCAUUCUUUUCUCUGUGCUUUGUCUUUAAGUGGAACUUA